AUGAUUGCUGGUACAGGUGAUGUGAUGAUUUUGGUAAAAGAUAUAAAUGACUCACCUCCAGAAUUCACUAAUAAUGAAUGGUUUACGGAACUUGAUGAAACAGAAGGAGAUAAUGUGACAGACGAACCAAUUCUUACAGUCACAGUUCUUGAUCAGGAUGAUGGAAGCAAAUUUCAGUAUGAGAUUAUUAGAGGCAGUGGUUAUGGUGCAAAUAAAUUUAUUAUUACUGCCAACAGUGAUGGAACAGGUACAAUACGAGCUGUUGAACCACUGGAUUAUGAGGAUAUACAUGGAAACACACUAAGAUUUAAAAUACAGGUCACAGAUAAGGAUGAAGAUAAUAUCACAAGUGAAUACCACACAUCAUAUUCAUGGGUGACUAUAAAACUGAAAGAUGUCAAUGACAACAAACCUGUCUUUGAUGUUCCAUAUACUGAAGUUUCAGUGGCCGAAGAUGCUAAAGUUGGGCUGAGUGUGCAUUCAUUUACAGCAAGAGAUCCUGAUAAUAAUGGAAAGAGCAAAGUGUUUUAUCUUGUUGACCACUCUCUGGACCCAAUGAGACAUUUUGAUGUUGAUCAGAAUGGAACAGUUGUUAUUCAACGACAGCUGGACAGAGAAAAAACACCACUUCAUGAGGUACAUGUGUUGGCUGUUGAUGAUGGAAUACCAGCAAAAACAUCCACUGCGACUUUGUAUGUUGUAAUUGAAGAUGUCAAUGAUAAUUUUCCUCACCUUCUGGAAGAUUAUAAAUCUGUAUUACCAGAAAAUAUGCCUCCAAGAGAAAUUAUGAAAAUACGAGCUGCAGAUGAUGAUGACUAUAUGAGACAAAAUGGCCCACCAUUCUUCUUUAGAAUGGAUCCUGCAGCAGAUGAUCAUAUUCAUGCCUCUUUCACUGUAGUUUAUGAAAGAAAUGAUGCAGAUGGUGAAGGUUCAGCGUCAGUAUCUUCAUUGGUGACCUUCGACAGGGAGCAAGAGAAAGAAUAUCGUAUUCCAGUUCUGAUCACAGAUUCUGGACAGCCUGCUUUAACAGGAACGGGAACUAUUGUUGUUGUCAUUGGUGAUGUCAAUGAUAAUAAAAUGAAACCAGGAAUGAAAAAUAUUCUUGUAUAUAGUUACCAGGGUCAAACUCCAGACACAGAUAUUGGGAGGAUAUAUGUUGAAGAUCCAGAUGAUUGGGAUCUGCCUGACAAAACAUUUUACUGGGAAGGAAAUGUACACCCAGGGUUUAUAAUCAACGAGAGGACAGGAAUGAUCAGGAUACAACACAGUGCACCAGAAGGAGUAUACAAUCUGAAGUUCAAAGUAUAUGACAAAAAACAUCUGCAGACUACACCAGCAUAUGUCACUGUUACUGUGAAGAAAAUUUCUCAUGAUAGUAUCAUUAAUUCUGGGUCAAUAAGAAUUGCUGAUUUAUCAGAUGAAGAAUUCAUAAAAUGGAACUUCACUGGAACAAAGAGAAAGAAAAGUAAAGCUGAACUUUUAGUGGCAAAACUCGCAAAGCUAUUUAGUGUCAAAGAUGAAAAUGUAAAUAUAUUCAGCAUCAGUCUCCAUAAAGAGUAUCCACCUAUUCUAAAUGUCUUUUUCUCUAUCCAUGACACACAAUAUUAUAAACCAGUUGAAAUCAAUGGUAUUGUGCAAGUUCACAAAGAACAGGUAUCAAAGGAAGUUGGCAUCAACAUCAUAAUGGUUGGAAUUGAUGACUGUCUUCAGGAGAACUCAGUCUGUCAAGGUCCAUGCUCUAGUGCAAUGGAGAUAGGAAAGCACUCUCUUUUAGUGGAUGCAAACAUGACAUCUUUUGUCAGUGUUUCGGUUACCAUGAAAGCUGAAUGUACGUGCAAGACACAGAAGCACAGAAUGCAGAAUACAGUCAGAUGUUAUAAGGAUUAUUGCUACAAUGGUGGUCACUGUUUGCAGAAGGGUAAUGGAAUAAGCUGCCUAUGUCCAUCUGGUUUUGAUGGACCCAGAUGUCAACAAACAACUUUAGAUUUCAAUGGUCAUGGCUGGGCAUGGUUUGCACCAUUGCAGUCUUGCAGUGAAAAUCAUCUUAGUGUAGAAUUCAUAACAAGGAAAAGAAGUGGCAUAAUUCUCUAUAAUGGUCCAUUGUCAAUACCACAGCCAAACGACAUAUUUGCAUCAGAUUACAUUUUAUUAGAAGUAAUAAAUGGGCAACCUCAGUUUACUUUGGAUCUUGGUUCUGGGGCAGUAGAAUUGAGGCUUAGAAUGACUAAUAAUGUGACUGAUGGCCAGUGGCAUCAUAUUGAUCUCUUCUGGAAUACUAAGAAUGCUCGUCUUGUGGUAGACUACUGCCAGUCUGCUGUAGUGGCUGAAGCAGAAGAUGGAACAACAUUCUUCAAUGGGACAGCUUGCCAGACAGAAGCAAAAUUACCACCAUUCAGUGAGCAUCUCAAUUUAAAUACCCCUCUGCAGAUUGGUGGUAUUUAUAAGCAUUCAGUUCAUUCAAGCCAUCACAAAUGGCAAGGUAGAGGGAAUCCAGAAGGUUUUGAUGGCUGUAUAAGAAACAUUUUUCAUAAUGGAGAGCAGCUUCUAGAUCUAUCAGGCUCUAGGAUGUCAUCAGGAACAGGAGCAGGUUGUGUCAAGAUUGAGAACAUAUGCAGAAAUCUGGAUUGUGGAAACAGAGGGUCCUGUGUUGCUGAUUUGACUGGAUCACUGCCCAUCUGUUUGUGUCAACCAGGAUGGAGUGGAAUAACAUGUGUGAAGCCAACCCAUCCAUUCACCUUCCUGCCUCAUAGCUAUGUCAAGUUUGCACUUUCUUUUGAACCUAGUCACUUCAGUACUCUUGUGCAAAUGAGAUUUAGAACAAAAGAGACAAAUGGGGAGCUCAUUCACAUAGCUGAUCACCAUUCACAAGAGUAUGCAAUACUGGAGAUACGAAACAGUGUUCUUGUAUUUCGUUACAACUUGAACAGCUAUUAUUCUGAAGAGAUAGCUAUAUGCUUGUGCUUUAUCCCUGUAAAUGAUGGAUAUUGGCAUACAGUGAAAGCAUCUCGUUAUGGCUCAACAGCUUUUCUUCAGAUUGAUGAUGGUGAAAAUGCACAAUACAAUGGGACAUUCUCCUUUAGAGGGCACCAGCUGCUUGUAGCUGAUAAAAGAGAAGGGAUAUAUGCAGGUGGCAAAGCUGAAUACACAGGAAUUAAGACAUUUGAAAUACAGGCUGAUUUUAAAAAUGGUUGUAUGGAUGACAUCAGACUGUAUGGAAAAAGUCUUCCAUUACCACCAGUGAUCAAUGCCACCCAGUGGGCGCAGGCAGUAGUAGCCCACAAUGUAGUGUAUGGUUGUACAUUAAAUGACUCUUGUGCCUUUGUUAACUGCCCAGAACCUCUCCGAUGUGUUGAAAUGUCAGAUUCAUAUGAAUGUGUGUGUGCAGAAGAAGUACUGAAAUUUGGUAACAAUGACUGCACAGAUAACAAUGGAUGUUCACAACUGCCGUGCUGGAAUGGGGGCAUGUGCAUUUCUCAAGACAUUCUGUCACAGUAUAAUUGUUCUUGUCCUGAUGGGACAUUAGGGCCAAACUGUGAAUCUGUACUUGAAAGCCAAAUUUUCCAACUUAGUCCCAGUGCCUUAGUAGCAAUAAUAACUUGCUUUAUUUGCAUAUUUGCCUUAGCUGUAGGCUUCCUUGUGUGGAGCCGUAGGACCAGAAGUCUUGGUAAAACAAAGCCAGAAAAUUAUGAUGCUCAUAAAAAUGGAGAAAGCUGCUGUGAUAAACUAGACAGCGUAGAAAAUACUGCUGCACUUGAUAUAAAAUCCUUACAUGGCACUAUUGAAAGAAAAGAUAAAACUACUUGCAUUGAACUACAACAUGUGCACCUUGAAUCCAUUAUAAUAGGAAGAGCAUCUACAUUAGAAAAAUGCAAAAAAGAGGCUGAUAUAGAUUUGAUUGCACAUACAGCAGAAGACUGUAAGGUGUAUGCAUACGAGGGGGAAGUAUCUGCUGCACCGUCAAUUUCAUCCCCAGCAUCAGUUUCUUGUGCUGAAAGUCAGACUACUGGUGUGUGCGUAAACUGGGGUCCUCAGUUUGCCACUCGGAUUGAAUCAGAAGGACAUACAGAUGUUUGAAAUGUUGUACCAGAUAUAAAUAAUUCCUUGUGGCUGUGAAACUAAACAGUUGUUUGUACUCUUAUAUGUACAGACACUUGACCUGUUCACCAGGUGCAAAAAAGUGAUUCUAUUUUUUACAAUGUAUUUUUAUGAAUCUGUUGGACGAUUCAUGGACAUAGAUUUUUCUAAAGAAUUUGUACAUAUCUGAACAUAUUCUUUUUGUAACAAUGUUAUUUUUUAUCUUUAAUAUUUGUUGUAAGUUGCUCAUAAAAUGUAUUUCUGGAUAUGUGGAACAUAAAACAAAGAAUAAGAGUGUUAUGUGUAAAAUCAAUAAUGUUAUAAAUGAAAUGCAUUUAUGACAGACUGAUUUUUGCAAAACCAAAAGUAUGUCUACAAAACACACAUCAUUGUUAUA